UUUGUCUGUCCUGGCCAUUAGAUGAUUUCAGAAGCCACCAAGUCACAGGCUCAUUUGGAAGAUUGCAGCCGCUAGAAAAAGAGAGACCAGCAGGAGAGGGCCCACAUCCCUGCUAGUCUGCAGUUCCUGUGGACCCUUUCACAGUCUUGCAUCACACCGCGGUGUUCUCUGACUGGCGAACUGAAGCCAUGCGAAUAAAGGGACAGACGUCACUGCAAGGAAACUGAGGAAACCUCUGGUGAAGAGCACGAGGUCAGCAGUCUCCGUCUCAGCAAACAGAGCUGGAGAAUUUUCAAAUCGGGACUACCUGGUUCAGGCAAUUUGCCCUGUCAACUCUCUCUGAGUCCAUCUAUGUAAAAGCAAAAGUAGAUUGUCUCACCUGUGCCCAUGGGAGGCUGAAGAAGGCAUCCUUCAGGUCCAAGGCAGUAGACACCUGCUUCUCUGGCAGAGUCAGACUGAUGACAACCAGAGGUUCCAGGUUUCUUCAAAGACAUGAGAGGUGAUGCUGUCUACGUGCUGGGUUUGUGGCCUGAAUGGUGCUUCCAUCAUGGAGUCAGCUGUGCUAAGGUCUGGAGGUCUACGAAGUUUUGGGGGCCUGUUACCCUGAGAGGAUGUGACACUGAGUGAUUCAGACAGGAGUUCCUGGAAGGAGAACCCACAAAAGAUGACCAGAUACAGGGCACACCAUCCUUGGCAGCACCAAGGUCAGCAUCACAAAGGAGGCAGCAUUCAAUAAUCACUUGGAUGCAGAGCCGGUCACUGUGUCCACACAGCUAAGGACUGUCCAGCCCCAUCUGAAUUCUUCCUGUUGAAGAUUCCUGGUAACCCCAUGCCUGGUCCAGCUGGUCUGAGCCAAGCUCCUUCUCUAGGAUGCUGGUGAGGCUGGGGUGAUCAUGGUGACCUGGCACCUUUGUGCUGAGCCCUCUCCACCCACCAAACUUGCCUAGCCACCUGAAGAGCCUUAAGGAAAACCUGUCAGAAAUCCUUGUGCACAGACCCAGAACGUCCUCAUGGCGGUAUCAGUGGUGACAAGCAUCGUGGACAACAUAACGACCAUCAUCACUAACGAAGUGUGCAGAGAUAAUCUGAAGCUCUUGAUAACUGAAGAUGGAGUCUGGAAGGUGUUUGUGGCGAAAGCAGCGUUGUCAAGCGAGGAGGAGGCUGCCCUGCGUGAUGCACUGGAGAAGCGUUUAGCCCAGGAGCCCGCGGAUGAAGAUGAUGAAACAGAAAAGAGGCAGCAGAAAGAGAAUUUUCUGAAAGAAUUUCCUGAGUUGAAAGGGAAACUUGAAGAACACAUCAGGAAGCUCCGAGCUCUGGCUGACCAUCUUGACCAGGUACACAAGGGCUGCACCAUCGCCAAUGUGGUGUCCGGCUCCACAGGCAUCGCCGCUACAAUCGCUGGAUUAGUUCUGGCACCCUUCACAGGAGGGGCCUCUCUGAUUAUGUCAGCAGCUUCAGUGGGUCUAGGAGCAGCCGCAGCUGCGACUGGCGUCACCACUUCCAUUGUGGAAGAAUCCAUCAGAACGGCAGAUGAAAGUGAAGCCAGGCGCCUGAUUGAAGCCAGCAUGGACGAACUGGACAGAAUUUUGAAGAUCAUGCCUUUGAUCACAUUCAAAUUUAGUAGUAAGGGUGUGGAAAUAUUCUGUGCCUGGAAAACCCUCAGGGAUCAUAUUCAAGCCAUCAGGACAGGCAGAAUCAGGAACUUCACAACGUUUAGAGAAGGUAUUAGGCAGUUGAGGAAUCUCAUAUCACGCGCUAUUCCUCUAGGAACCAGAGUAGCCAGGAUUGCAAAAGGAGUUGGUAAGGUUUCAAUACUUGGAUUUGAUGUGUAUAACCUUGUGACUGACUCCAUGGAUUUACACAAUGGGGCAAGGACAAAACCGGCAGAAGCACUACGGGAGCUGGCUAACAAUCUAGAAGAGAAGUUGCACGAAUUUGAGCAGCUCCACAAGGACCUGCAGUCAGUCUAGCCUCAGUGAUCCCUCCACCAAGCAGUUAAGAGUUCAGGGUAAAUGACAUGUAUAGGGUUGGGGACAAGGAGAGAGCAUACCAUUACAAGGGAAAUAACACAUGAUCAAGUCUAUGGAACUGAGGGUUGAGGUGUUUAUAUCUCUGGCUGAGCAGAGCAAGGUAAACGUAGUGCUUUAAGAAGACAGAAACUGGAGUCUAAAAUAAGGGACUAGAAUGCCUAGAGAAUGGGACUAGGACUGCAAUACAGAGGGUCUGGGAUGGAGAGUGGUACACGAACAAGCAAUGAGAACCUAGGAAACCUGGAGAACUAAAAAUGAGAGAAAGCCAGAGUGGGAGUUGAAGCCAUAGCAGGGGACCACAUCCCAUUCCCUGAGAGCAGGGUCCAUAUGAUCUCUAGGUGAGUCUUCCCAGCAUCAGCAGGAUCAACUCACCCUUGUGUCUUCUAGGAAGUGACCCCUGGAUAGUGAUG